GCCUUGUAUAUCGCGACGUGCUGCAGACUUUUCACUUUCUUUUAGCUGCUUGCUUCGUUGGGUGCGGAGCUCUCUGCGGGCUUGCAAACCUAGCGGUUUCUGGUUAGGUUUUGCGGGUCGGAGACAGAUUCCCCCCUUCCCCACGCGUUAGACCUGCAUAAGGAGAAUCGCCGUCUUAUUGGUCGUGGGGAGGUUUUAAGUUGCUGUAUUUCUCCCCACCCGUUUUAAUUCUGUGCAAUCGAAUUAAAAGACUUAACUUUGUAUUUUGGGAAGGGGGCUUGGUCGGAAACGCCUCGCUUGCUGUUUCUGAGAGAUGACGGUCUUUCUUCGGCUCUAAGGAAGAAGUCCAUAAUUGCGGCUGCUGCCGCCUAGGCGUGAAUGAAAUAUCCCCCCACUUCUAUCAAUGCCUCGGGUGGCGAGACUUCAGAGCUUCUGUCUCUACCUGCUCUCGCUUUGGGUGUCAGUCUGGGAAGCUAUGGGGGAAUUUAGGCCUCUUCCUCCCACAUGCUGUAAAGCCUUUGGGUUCGUGUUCUCUUUAGUCCCUCAGGCUUUUUGUAUACAGCUUGUGACUCGCUGAAUUGAAAGGCAAUUCCCUGGUUUUUAAUUCUCGGGCAGGCAAUAAAAGUGGGGCUGGCAAGCCUUGGUGGGCUGAACUUGGCUUGUGGAAAGGGUUACAAAUUGUGCGAAGUUGGUAUGGCAGAUUAGAAAGCAGCUUUGGUAAUGCAUGAUGGGAAAUAUGCACAACGGUCCUCACUUUUACAUCUUUAUUUUAGUUCUAAAGUGGUGCCAGUUUUUAUUUGCUUGUUAGGAUAGGGAUUUAUUUAGAAUUUGCUUAAAUGCGAAGGGGAAUAAAUUGGUGUUGAAACUGACUACUGGGAGUGAAGAAAUGCCAUCUUGCAAGUCUCCCUAUGUCUGGAAAGCUUAAGACAAUCAUUUGAAAGUGCGAGACGAAGAGCUGCUUCAGAGAUGUAUGGAAUUAUUCCAGAAUGGAAGCUUAGAGCAUAGGAUUCCAGAUUGCUUGAGGAAUAAAGAAAAAUUUCUGGAUUCUCAGCAGGAUGAAGCUAAAAGAGAUAGAUCGUACUGCCAUUCAGGCAUGGAGUCCAGCCGCUCAUCACCCCAUUUAUUUAGCAGCAGGCACAUCUGCUCAGCAGCUGGAUGCAACAUUCAGUACCAGUGCUUCCUUGGAAAUAUUUGAACUGGACUUGACGGACCCAUCGCUGGAGAUGAAGUCCUGUGCCACUUUCUCCUCCACUCAUAGGUAUCAUAAACUAAUAUGGGGUCCUCACAAAAUGGCUUCUGAUGGGAAUCUUUCAGGUGUGCUUAUUGCUGGUGGCGAAAACGGGAACAUAAUUUUGUAUGACCCAGCUAAAAUAAUAGCUGGAGAAAGUGAUGUUGUGAUUGCACAGAAAGACAAGCACACAGGACCUGUAAGAACUCUGGAUGUCAAUCUAUUCCAGACAAACCUAGUUGCCUCAGGUGCAAAUGAGUCUGAGAUCUACAUCUGGGACUUGAACAACUUUGCAACACCAAUGACCCCUGGAGCCAAGACACAGCCUCCUGAAGACAUCAGCUGUGUUGCCUGGAACAGGCAAGUCCAGCAUAUCUUGGCUUCUGCAUGCCCCAGUGGUCGUACCACAGUGUGGGAUCUCAGGAAAAACGAACCUAUCAUCAAAGUCAGCGACCACAGUAACCGGAUGCACUGCUCAGGGCUAGCUUGGCAUCCUGAUGUUGCUACACAACUGGUUCUGGCUUCAGAGGACGACAGGCUGCCUGUCAUUCAGAUGUGGGACCUGAGGUUUGCGACUUCUCCACUUCGUGUUUUGGAAAGCCAUGCAAGGGGUAUUCUGACCAUUGCUUGGAGUAUGGCAGAUCCUGAACUGUUGCUGAGCUGUGGAAAGGAUGCUAAGAUCCUCUGCUCCAAUCCAAACACAGGAGAGGUGUUGUAUGAACUUCCUACCAGCACUCAGUGGUGCUUCGAUGUUCAGUGGUGUCCCAGGAACCCUGCUCUCCUUUCUGCUGCUUCGUUUGAUGGGCGGAUCAGUAUUUAUUCAAUCAUGGGAGGAAGCACAGACAGCCUGCGGCAGAAACAGGCAGACAAGCUCUCGUCGUCUUUUGGGAAUCUUGAUCCAUUUGGUACAGGGCAGCCACUUCCUCCAUUACAGUUUCCACAGCAGACAACUCCACAGAGCAUAGUCCUGCCUUUGAAGAAGCCACCCAAGUGGAUUCGCCGGCCUGUGGGUGCAUCUUUCUCAUUUGGAGGGAAGCUAGUUAUGUUUGAGAACAGCAAGCUUCAGCAACAAGGAGCUGAGCAGCACGAACAACACUAUCAUGUCUAUGUCAGUCAAGUUGUCACCGAGAAGGAAUUCUUGAACCGUUCAGACCAGCUUCAGGAGGCUGUGCAGGCGGAAGCGUUCAUCAACUAUUGUCAGAAGAAAAUUGAUGCUGCGAAGAAUGACUUUGAGAAGAGCGUGUGGUCUUUCUUAAAGGUGCAUUUUGAAGAGGACUCACGUGGCAAAUACCUGGAACUCCUGGGGUACAAGAAAGAUGAUCUGCGGAAGAAGGUUACUUCUGCUCUCAGUAAAGAGAGAGACCAUGACAGAGAACUAGACAAGGCUCUUGAGGAAUCUGACCAGUCUGCACAGAGCGAUGGUGAAGAGGGUCUGGCUACUCAGGAUGAGCUUUUGGGAGAGUGUACAAAAGAGGAGCCUGUUGCUCUGCCGUCUGCGAAGGAAACAUUUAACAUUUCUGUCACUGGAGAUAUUGAUGGCCUGAUCACCCAGGCUUUGCUAACUGGUAACUUUGAAAGUGCUGUUGACCUUUGCCUCCAUGACAAUCGUAUGGCUGAUGCUAUUAUCCUGGCUAUAGCUGGUGGCCAGGAGCUGCUGUCUAGGACACAGAAGAAGUACUUUGCGAAGACACGGGGCAAAAUUACCAGGCUCAUCACUGCAGUUGUGACCAAGAACUGGAAGGAGAUUGUCCAGUCUUGUGAUCUGCAAAACUGGAGAGAGGCUCUAGCUGCUGUGUUGACUUAUGCCAGGCCAGAUGAAUUUGCAGCUCUCUGUGAUUUGUUGGGCACUAGACUCGAAAGCGAAGGCGAUAGCCACCUGCAGACCCAGGCUUGCCUAUGUUACAUUUGUGCCGGGAAUGUUGAGAAACUGGUUGCCUGCUGGACUAAAGCUCAGGAUGGAAACAAUCCAUUGUCUCUCCAGGACCUCAUUGAAAAAGUGGUAAUCCUGCGUAAGGCAGUACAGCAGACACAAGUGAUGGAUGCCAAUGCUGUAGGGGCUCUGCUGGCCGAGAAGAUGAGUCAGUAUGCCAAUCUCUUGGCUUCCCAGGGCAGCAUUGCUGCAGCUUUAGCCUUCCUCCCUGCUAACACCAACCAGCCAAACAUUGUGCUGCUGCGGGAGAGAAUUUGUCGCGCUCAAGGGCAGCUUCCUGCAGGCCAGGAGAUACCGAAGGCAUCUCAGGAAAGACAGCCAGCUGCCAAGGGGAGAGUGGGGCCUGCGGCUGGACCGAUGCAGAUGCCACAAGCCCCAGCCCAGCAAUAUUAUCAGCAGGUUAGAAUUGCCCCUACUGUCACUACCUGGAGUAACAAAACCCCCACUGCCCUUCCCAGCCAUCCUUCUGCAGCCUCUCCCUCUGAGACACAGGGCGAAAACCCACCUCCUCCUCCAGGGUUUAUAAUGCAAAGGGCAGUUAAUCCAAAUGUACCACCACAGCAGCCGGCAUCUCCUGCUUAUAAUGUGUAUUCUCAAAUGGGGGCACGACAGGCAUAUCCACAACCUUGUCAGCCAGCACAGCCGUAUUCUUUUGGAACGGGGGGACCGUCACUCUAUCAGCCACAACAACAACCUCUUGCUCCUCCUGCUUCAGCCUCUUACGCUAACCCCAAUCCUCCUUAUAUGCCCUCAAAUCCUCCCAGUACCAUGCCUUCUCCCUUAUAUCCAGCACAGCCCCAAGCUUCUCCAACAACCUUGAAUCCCUCUUCUCUGCCGCCGCCUCCCCCUCCUCCCUCUGAUGCUUCCUUCCAGCAUGGCAGGCCAGGAGGCCCAGCAUCCUCUAUGCCGUUUGGGCUGCCUCCUGGACCCACAGGUACAGAGUCUGCAACCGCUGAGUUCUCUGCAUCCCAAAGGACAGAAUAUCAAUCCAUACAAGACCAGGCCAGUAUCCUGCAAGGACCUCAGAAUGGCUGGAAUGACCCUCCUGCUUUGAACAGAGUUACAAAGAAAAAGAAGAUACCAGACAGCUUCAUGCCUCCUGUUCCUAUCACAGCCCCCAUCAUGGCUCCUCUGUCAGACCCACAAGCCCAGAUGCAGCAGCCUCUGGCUUCCGCCCCGCCCCCAGGCCAGGUUCCGUUCCAGCCUCCGCAUCUCCUUGCAGGCCAGCCCAUGCUCCAGAACCCCUUCCAGCCUGUUUCGCAGCCUGCUGGCCAGACUAUCAUGACUCCUGCUGUGUCAACGACUAGUAUGGAAGGAGCCCCGGGAGCCCCAAUUGGCAACACCAUACAGCACAUGCAGUCCUUGCCCACAGAGAAGAUAACGAAGAAGCCCAUCCCUGAGGAGCACCUUAUCCUAAAGACCACCUUUGAAGCUCUGAUCCAGAGAUGUCUCUCUUCAGCUACCGAUCCGCAAACCAAGCGGAAACUAGAUGAUGCCAACAAACGUCUGGAGUUUCUGUAUGAUAAACUUAGAGAUCAGACACUCUCCCCGACGAUAAUCAGUGGUUUGCACAACAUUGCGAGGAGCAUUGAAACCCGGAACUACACAGAGGGGUUGAACAUCCACACCCACAUAGUCAGCACGAGCAACUUCAGUGAGACCUCAGCCUUCAUGCCCGUGCUGAAAGUCGUUCUCACCCAGGCCAACAAGCUGGGCGUGUGAAGCGGGCCUCUGCCCGGAAACAUGUUGCUUUGGAGGUGUGCGUUAAAUGAGUCACACUCCCACGUUUACAGCAUGAUGUGAUAAAGAGAGCUGAUCACUACCGUACCCCUGCCAAUGAGCUUCAUUAUAGAAGGGCUAGUGAGCCCUGGUGCUUUCCUUUUGUCUCUUCAUCUUUUAUGAUCCUCGUCUGCAGAUAGUAUAUUUAAUUAUGCCACCCCAUAUUGUCCAUUUUAAAUGCAUGCUACCAGCAGCUUUGAAAGUGGUUUUUAAAUGCUGGAAGAAGCGAGGAGUUUGAGUGUACAACUGACCUCAAAAGUUAUUCCUUCCACAUUCCUCAGCAUUGACCCAUUAAAAGUUCCAAAUUGUAUUUUA